AUGGUAAAAAUGAUAUAAAAUUGAUAAAGGUUAUGAAAUUACAAUAAAAAAAAAUUGGAUAUGAGAUCUUAAUUAGAAUAAAUCGAGGAGGAAUUGAAUUUGAUGAUUUAGGAAUUUAUUUUUUUAUUUGA